UCUCCUCUGCAUCUACAUAGCCAUAGCUACCUCUUUCUCAAUCACUUGGAAACAAAAGAGGUUCAUAGAAGAAAGAAGCUGAAAGUAGUAGUAACAGUACUAGCAGUCCAGUUAAGAGGCUUAGCGGAAGGAAGGACCAAGAAAGAAAGAAAAAAGAAGUCAAAAAAGAAAUUAAAGUAGGGAGAUCUAACUAUCUUGAGAUCGAGUAGUAACGGACGGCUAGAAGAGGAUAACAGCUCAAUCAAUAGGCAGGAGGUAGAAGACAUGCGGCCGCGCAGAUUCUCAUUCGGGAGGGCAGAUGAGGCCACCCACCCGGAUUCCGUCCGAGCCACCAUCUCUGAGUUCGUCUCCACCCUCAUCUUUGUCUUCGCCGGAGAAGGCUCUGUCCUCGCUCUUGGUAAGAUGUACACGGACACAUCAGCAACGCCCUCUGGUCAGGUGGCGGUGGCCGUGGCUCAUGCGUUGGCCUUAUUUGUGGCCGUAGCCUCCAGUUCCAACAUAUCCGGUGGCCAUAUAAACCCAGCUGUGACUUUCGGUGCACUAGUGGGUGGUAGGAUCUCUGUCCUCUUAGCCUUCUAUUACUGGAUAGCUCAGCUCUUGGGUGCCGUUGUCGCAUCUCUCUUGCUCAGGCUCUGCACACAUGGCAUGAGGCCCGUGGGGUUCUCGGUGGCGUAUGGAGAAGGGGAAGUGAAUGCGCUGUUGCUGGAGAUAGUGAUGACAUUUGGGCUGAUGUAUACAGUAUAUGCAACAGCUUUUGAUCCCAAAAGAGGUAGCUUGGGGACAAUAGCACCCUUGGCUAUUGGGUUCAUAGUGGGUGCCAACAUACUUGCGGGAGGGCCCUUCGAUGGCGCAUCAAUGAAUCCGGCUCUAAGUUUCGGUCCAUCUCUGGUUGGGUGGAGGUGGAGGAACCACUGGAUCUAUUGGGUGGGGCCUUUCAUUGGGGCCGCAAUCGCAGCUAUCAUCUAUGAAUACAUACUUAUCCCAACAGAACCGCCACACACACACCAGCCCUUGGCCCCGGCAGAUUACUAGCUAUACCCCAGCUUAAUAAUUAGACUGCCUUUAAUUACUCCCCUGCCUCUGCCUCUGCCUCUUUCUCUGUGUUUCCAUGUCUCUGCGUUUCCAUCUGUUUGCAUAUGGUGUCUUCUCUAUUGAGUAAUCUGUAUUUGUGUCUGUCUACGUUGUAAGGUUACUACUAUAAAUAGUAAAUACCAACCGCCACUUUCCACUUUUUCCUUGUAA